AUGGUCCUCAAGAUCCGCCUCGCGCGUUUCGGGAAAGCUCACAAGCCAUUUUACAACAUAGUCGUCGCGCAAGCUCGCUCAGCACGCAAUUCCCGCCCCCUCGAAGUCCUCGGAACGUACGAUCCUAUCCCAAAAGCACCCGCGUUGGGCUCCCCUCCAGAUGAGAAACCAGUGAAGGACAUCAAAUUAGACAUUGUGAGGGCGAAAUACUGGCUAGGUGUGGGGGCGCAGCCUAGUGAGCCCGCGCAGAGGUUGUUGGCUUUGAUCGGACUCAUCGAACCCAAAUUCCACAUCCAGAAGAUGAAGGCGCUGGGAGAGAAAGUGAAACAACAGGCAGAAGAGAAGGAAGAGGGUGCUGUCCAGACGAAAUGA